AUGAGAAUCAACGAGCAAGGUGACAAGAUUGCAUGUUCCAAGUGCCGUGACGGGCACCGAACAUCCACAUGUAUUGACGCCCCAGGCCACCAAGACGACGUGCAGGUAAUUCGUCGUGCCGGUCGUCCAGAGGGGUCCAAGAACGACCCAGCCAGGGCUACUGAGCGACGGGAAAAGAAGAGGAAACGCCAAGUGGAAAAGGAGCUGGAAGAAGAGGCUGCAGCCUUUCGACGAGAGGCGCACGCCUUUUGUCUUCAACGCGCCGCUUCUGACCCUGUGCAAGGUAACUUCGCUGCUGGGUACCCGCAGUUUCCUGUCCCCGGGUACCAGAACCUUGGGAGCCUUGCAAACCCUCAUGCUCCUGUCGCUUCUUUUCCCCGGCGUUCUAGUUUCCCUCCGGAUCCCCUUCCUCCUGGCAUACCUGAGCCCGUCCGGCGUCUCUUGGAGCAGCCAUAUUAUCCUGGCGUGGGAUACGCUCCUGCCUCUCCUACUCCCGCUGUCCCUCUCCCUGUUUCUGCCCCUUCUGUCCCCGAUUUCCCUCUUACUGCUCCUGGCCAUGCUGCCUCUGUUGUCCCCUUUGGAAUGGAUGGCUCAUGGGAUUUUGGGUUUGAGAUGCCCACGCCGGUCCCAGAUCCACAUUUCCUUGCUCCCUUCCUGGGCUCUGGUGUCGUUGGUAAUUCUUUCGGCACAAGUUUCCAACAUCCCAUGCCUGCCCUUGGUCACGCUUCUCUCCAUCCUUUCGAUCCUGCUUCUUCUGCCCCAGUUUCCCAACCAGUCUUGGCCAACCAGUUCGAUACUAUGGCACGAGACUCUUUGGUCAACAACCCGAUCACGGGGUUUCCUCAAGUUGGCAUGAUGGCUCAGGCUGAUCAAGUGGACAACAUGAUGAUCCAAACCGCCCCGGGAGAUCUCAUGGAAGCUGGGGAUACUGUCCUUCCUGUCCCCUCUGCCUCGUUCCCUGCUCUGUUUCCCCAUAAAGGAGACACUUGGGGAAUGAUUUCUUGGGACGGGUUUAUGCCUGGGUAG